UCACUGCUGAAAUUCGUAUGCACCAAUUCCGCCCCUUACUGUGCUGUGUGUGUGUUUGUAUGUGUGUGUGUCUGUAUGUAGGGAAUGCACACCCCUAAAUGCCAAUGUUUUUUUUGCUCUUCUUCUCUCGCUCUCUUUCUCAAAUUUGUCCCAUUUCAACGACCUCCUUCCUCCGCCAACCCUUCUUGUUGCUCGCUCCAUCCGUGUGUGACAAAACCAUCCAACGACCCCUUCAAACGCAGGGGCAGAGGGAGACAGGCGGCAGCUGAUUUGUGUGUGUGUUCGGAAUCAGGUUCUGCCCCUUCACCUCCCCGUUAAAGCGAGGGUGGAAGGGAUGCAAACGCAAAGGGAAGGGAAAAAUACACACACAAAAGAGAGAGAGAGAGAGAGAAAGGGAGAGAACACAACAAAGCAGAAAGUUCAAACGCGUAAAGGCGCGCUGCGGCAUUCUCUCGCGUGACUUCACGGGCGACGGAUGCUGUCCGCGUGCUGCGCGCUGAUCGUUGUUGUACGGGGGUUCGUCGCUUGCUGUGAUCGGGUCGGACGGAAGAAGCUUUCGCAUAGAGAGAGGAGGGGUCCGUUGGUAUCGGGUGUUGGUCGUUUCAAACCUUGAAAGUGGCAAGCGUUAGUUAAGAGUGGUCUUGAAGUGAUCUGCAUACGUUUGUUGGUCUGGUGAAGUGAUUAACGAUCUUGUGUGAUCGUGCAGCUGUGUUAAACGUCUGCCGUUAAACAGUGGUGUUAAUAAUAUCUCGUGUGAUAGAAACAGAAAAGCAAGUAGAAAGCAACUCUUCUAUAGGGUGAUACCUGUGCGUUGCCAGGUACGACGUUUCUGUCUGUGCGCGAACGCACCAAGAAGGAUACGAAAAGUGAAUGAAUCGUGCAGCCUGAGGCGCUAUUAUACGCUCACAAACCCACAGAGAGAGAGAGAGAGAGAGAGAGCACUUGUGACGCUUUGUACAUGUGUGUGUGUGAAGUGUGUUAAAAGCAAAACAACAAUCAAGUGUCCCGUUUCCGAAAAGGAUCCGAAAGGAAAGCAAGAAAACUGGACGGGCGGACGCGAGCGCCUUAAAACGUGUUUGCGCGCGCCACCUGGAUGGGGCAGUUUCUCUUGCGUUACUGGAUGACUGGCCUCGUGUGUGUGUGUGUGCAUUUGGUUCGGCAAAGUGAGCGAUGGACCCACUGCCCAACCGCAACCGAAAGAACAUACUAUCGCUGAGCGUGCAACGGACGGCGACCACGGCAACGACGGCGUCAGACAUGACGUCAGCAAUGGGGACACACCUGCACCGUCAGCAACAACCCCAGCAGCCCCAGUACCACAAUCGACACACGGCCCUCCCGGGACAACCGGGCGUCGUGCUGCCUGGGGCAUCGUCCAGCCCACUGCUGGUGCAUUCCAGCUCGGCGUCUGCCAUACCGGACAGUCGCCCGUACAAUCCCCAACUACCACCACCACCACCACCACAUCAUCACCAUCAUCACCUUCACCUUCAACAACAACAGCGGCAGCAGCAGCAGCAGCAGCAGCAUGAGGAAGGCGGUUUGCCGAAAGCGUUCGUCGCCGCCAUGCGCACCCUGUUCGACAUCAUGGACGAUCGGAAGACGGGCUGCGUGCGGCUGGCCGACAUCGAGGAGCGCUGGCAGGACGACGGCUCGAAAGGGCUGCCACGUGGUGUCAUCGAAAGUUUGCGCAAGGUAACGCCCCCGAACGGUCUUCUCUCGUUCGAGCGCUUCUGCAGCGGCCUCAAGAUCUGCCUGUUGCGCAACCAAUCGAGUCCACUGUCCAGCUCACCGCUGGGGCUCGUCUCGCCCCACUCGACCUCAUCCUCACCGCUCGCAAGCCGCGAUGAGCCGCCGCUGAAAGCGUCCAUGGCAAAGCUGUCCCUCUCGCGGCCACCUUCCGCACCGCUGCUCGAUCUCGAUGGUGGUGGUGGUGGUGGUGGUAGCAAUGCCGCCAAGCUGCCCACACUGGCACCCGUUUCCGCCUGGCACGCGACCGGUCCAACGACCAACACGGCCACCGUACGCCCGAACAACGCAAUGCCGGCGCAGAAAACGCUCAGCAUGCCGCAGCUACUCAGCCCGGACGGUGAGUUGGAGCUGGAACGGCCGCCGAUCAUACUGCCGGGCGCAUUCGGACCACCGAAACCACCGCGCGUCUCGCUAAAUCUGGAGCGCAAUGCGCAACAGCAUGCGCAGCAGCACCAACAACUUCCGCUACACAAUCCAAUGAUUGGUGGAGUGGGUGGUGGCGGUGGUUCCAGCAUUGAUAAGGCAGAGAUCCGCAACGCGCUUCAGAACUGGCAAAUGUCACUGCUGCUUGGGGAAGCGGGCGGAGAUAAGGGCGAUUCGGGCAAGGGCACACUGCGCCCGCUAGCACGUGGUUCCGCCGACGGGCAGACGGACCUGUCCACCUCCUCGCCCUCCCUGCAGUCCAUCAAUCAGCUCGACGGCGCUCGGCUCAGUUCCGGCGGCCUGUACCAGAAGAAAUCGCCCGGUGCGGCUGGGCGGCGCCGGGAGCCGCGACGCCACACGCUCCAGAACGGCGUCGACUACAACAUGCUGAAGCGGCUGAAGCAGAUCGAGCAGGAAAAGGACAUCCUGCUGCAGGGGCUGACGGCGGUCGAGCGGGCCAGGGAGUGGUACCACAAGCAGCUGGCGGCGGUGCAGGAAAAGAUGCGAUACCUGGGCCGUCCCGGAUCACACAUGGAAACGUGGACCGAAACGCAACAGGAACGGCUCGAUCUGCAGCGGGCCAGGGUGCUCGAGGUGAACCGCCAUCUAAUGAUGCUUGCCGAAAGCUGGGAACGGGGCGGUUUCCCCAUGCACAUGAACCUUGCCCUACGGCCACUGCCCGGCGGGUUCGCGGGUGCUCCGGGCCACUAUCAGCAGCAACGGUCGCUGCAUCGUCCGGCACAGCCGAACGCUAGCAUUCCACCGGCGGUACCACCACCACCAACAGCGUCUGCAGGAGCAACAUCUUCAGCGGGAAAUUACCAACCGACAUCCAGUUCCCAGUCGCAUCAUCUCCAACAGCAGCAGCAGUCCCAACAGUCGCCGGAAAUGGUAAACCAUCUGAAGCAGCAGAACCAUCAGCUUUGCGAGGAGAUUAACCAGAAGAACGAGAAGCUGUCCCUGCUCGAGCGGGAAAAAGCGGCACUGAUCCGGGAGCUGCUGCAGCUGCAGCGGACCAACCGGGCCAGCAGCAUGAUAUCGAACACGGAGGAGCUGGUGUUCUGAGACACUUGCCGAGGGUGCUCGCAGUGCCAUUUUGCAAAAAGAGAUUUCUUCCCCCGUUCUACCACCCCGAAACAAUACGCUAGUCAUCACGUGUUGUCGAGCUGUGCGCCGUAGAGAUUCGUCUGUUUGGCGGGCGGGCUUUGUUUUAGCGAUGUUAGGGCCGAUCUUAAAGGAGGCAACACAGCCACGUACCAGGUGCUUCUUUCAUAUCGUCAGUGUUCGUUAAAAUAAAAGAACCGGACGCUCACGCGAGGAUUGUGUGUGGAUGAUUGGUUUAUAAAACGAAAUAAAGUAAAUGAUUAUUUUAACUACAAA